UCAAAAGCAAGCGUUGUUUUCACUGCUUUGAGCUCUAUUUGAUCGUCUAACAAUAAUUAUGCGGAUCAUAAACUUUCGUAUCAUAAUAAUAUUGUGCGCGCUCCUCACAUUCUUGUUGAUUUAUUUGACAACCCUGCCUCGAGAACCACUUCCAGCGACAAUAGAAGAGAAAGUUGUGAAUCAUACUAAACGGCUGGCCAACUACAGCCAGAGCCAACGGUCGAUGGUCAAGGACACAUAUCAGACGAUAACGGUGGUAAAACAACGUACGGAUCCGUUGUGGCAGCGCAUCUUGCAGGAAUCACCUCUUUUGCUCGGUUCCAGCUAUAGUAAAGGACGGACUGGUGUUCAAUAUGUGCUAGGCGUGCCCACUGUACGCCGAGUGGGUCAGAAUUAUUUGUUGGAGACAGUGGCUCAUCUGAUAGAGAAAUUGAGCGACUAUCAGCGCAACAAUUGCCUCAUUGUGAUCUAUAUAGGCGAGACGGACAGUCAAAUUGUGGAAUCUAAAUGGAAAGAGAUAAGUGACUCAUUUGGCUACCAUUUGGAUGAUGGCCUAAUUGAUGUCAUAUCACCACCAGUUAAUUACUAUCCAGACUUUGAAUCGCUCUACAUAACGCUGCACGAUGAUCCCAAUCGCGUGCGUUGGCGCACAAAGCAGGUCAUGGACUAUAUGUACCUGAUGACAUAUGCGAGCAGUCGUGGUAGCUACUAUCUACAACUGGAGGAUGAUAUUGAACCGACUGUCGGAUAUUUGGAUUAUAUUAUCCAGCUAGAGGCAUUGCAUACACACUUUCGUCUAGACCAUCAUCGUGGCUGGAUUGUUUUAAGUUUCUCGGAGCUGGGUUUUAUUGGCAAGCUUUUCCACGUGGAUGAGAUCAAACCGUUUUUAGCCCAUGUGCAGAAUUUUUACAAUGAUCAACCCAUUGACUGGCUGUUGUAUUCCUAUGUGAAGUUACGAACCUGCCCGUGGGACAGCUUUAAUACUGCGGACUGCGAGCGCGACUUUUUCAUGAACUAUAUACGCGCCACCCAGUCUCAAUUUCAGCACAUUGGCGUAGAGUCCUCUCUGCGUUCCAAGGAGCAAAAGCUUCGUGACGAGAGAUACGAACGGAAUUCGGGGCAGCAACCUAUGGCUCAUCUGCGUCGGCCGCUAAACUUGGUAACCUCUCACACGCACACAUUUCUGCAGGAUAGAAGACAUUUUAAACCUGGCGAGACCUUCAUGUGGAGCUACGUGCCGCAGGUCUCCUUGUUAAUGCGUUACCUGCUAAGUCAUCUAAAUGAUUUCAGUCAGAUUAAAAUUGGUAGUGGUUGUCGUCGGGAAAAUGAUAGCUUUAGUGAACUGACUGUUAAUUUAUACAAAAAGGUGCCCAAGGUGGAUGAAUCAAAAAAGCGACGUUUUGGUUUCCUUCUAAGUUACAGCCAUCAGACUGAAGUAGGGCAUCCACAUAUAUUGUACUUUUAUAUGACAGAAAACGCAAUGGAGAGUAAUGAAAGCAAUUGGAUUGGACGCUUUAAUUGGACCAAUAAAGGAACUUCUUUGCAUAUAGAUCUAUGUGUGAAAAUUUGGUUUUUACUGUGGUGUCUGUCAUGAUUUAAACAUGAUUAUUUACACAUAAUUAAUAUCUCGACGGCAACUAUUCUCAAUUGUAGUGAAGUGCAGGGUCUAUAAUUCUAUCCGGCUAUCGCGUCCCUUAACCAGCUUUUCUAUUAGAAAUCCGAGAGUUUAAGCGUCAACCUUAAGACGUGAGUAGUAUUAAAAGAUCCUUUACGAAACUUGUGUGUUUCUGUAAAAAUAAUUGUUAAAAAUUAAAUACUGCAUAAAGUUUGUUCUCUUUUGCAGCCAGUCUCUAAAAAUUGCCUUGUCCCUAGA